GGUAAACAAUCCCCAAUCCUUCCCUGCGGUUCUCUCCAAUUCCAUCACAAAAUAAAUCCCCCCAUCCGUAAAAUCGCACCACCACGUCUUUGUUUCACUGCAGGGGAUCGCAGAGAAAAUCACGGGACUCUUCAAAUAUCUCCCUCCCUCCAUUCCUCCCCCAUUUCUCUCCCUCCUCUCUCCGUCUGAAUAACUACCCACAUUUUGCCCCCCACGAAAACACGCAGUUAGAGAGAGAGAGAGAGAGAAGAGAGAAAAACAAAAAAAUCGUCGGCAAACAUGAGGGAGAUCUUGCACAUUCAGGGAGGGCAAUGCGGGAACCAGAUCGGGUCUAAAUUUUGGGAGGUGAUCUGCGACGAGCACGGCGUCGAUUCCAUCGGAAAGUACAAGGGCGACGGAUCCGAGUCCGACACUCAGUUGGAGCGCAUCAAUGUGUACUUCAACGAGGCGUCCGGCGGGAGGUACGUCCCACGCGCGGUGCUCAUGGAUCUGGAGCCCGGGACUAUGGAUUCCAUCAGAUCUGGGCCGUACGGGCAGAUCUUCCGGCCCGACAAUUUCGUGUUCGGGCAGUCCGGCGCGGGGAAUAAUUGGGCGAAAGGUCAUUACACCGAGGGCGCCGAGCUGAUUGAUGCUGUGCUCGACGUUGUCAGGAAGGAGGCCGAGAAUUGUGAUUGCUUACAAGGAUUUCAGGUAUGCCACUCACUUGGAGGCGGCACAGGUUCAGGCAUGGGUACCCUCUUGAUCUCAAAGAUCAGGGAGGAAUACCCUGACAGAAUGAUGCUCACCUUCUCCGUUUUCCCUUCACCAAAAGUCUCCGACACUGUCGUCGAACCCUACAACGCCACUCUCUCUGUCCACCAAUUGGUCGAAAACGCAGACGAAUGCAUGGUCCUCGACAAUGAAGCCCUCUACGACAUCUGCUUCAGAACCUUGAAACUCAGCACUCCAAGCUUUGGAGAUUUGAACCAUUUGAUCUCCGCAACAAUGAGCGGUGUAACAUGCUGUUUGAGAUUCCCCGGUCAGCUGAACUCCGAUCUGAGGAAACUAGCAGUGAACUUAAUUCCAUUCCCACGUCUCCAUUUCUUCAUGGUGGGUUUUGCUCCACUCACCUCCCGUGGUUCACAGGGCUACAUCUCCCUCACAGUGCCCGAGCUGACUCAGCAGAUGUGGGACUCCAAGAACAUGAUGUGUGCCGCCGACCCCCGCCAUGGCCGCUACCUCACCGCCUCCGCCAUGUUCAGGGGCAAAAUGAGCACAAAAGAAGUUGAUGAACAGAUGCUGAACGUGCAGAACAAGAACUCAUCGUACUUCGUGGAGUGGAUCCCAAACAAUGUGAAGUCGAGCGUCUGCGACAUUCCGCCAACAGGGCUGAAAAUGUCGUCGACAUUCGUGGGGAACUCGACAUCGAUACAGGAGAUGUUUAGGAGGGUGAGCGAGCAGUUUACGGCUAUGUUCAGGAGGAAGGCUUUCUUGCAUUGGUACACAGGGGAAGGUAUGGAUGAGAUGGAGUUCACAGAGGCGGAGAGUAAUAUGAACGAUUUGGUGGCGGAGUAUCAGCAGUAUCAGGAUGCUACCGCUGAGGAAGACGAGGAGUAUGAAGAGGAGGGUGUUGAGGAGCAGUACGAGGGCUGAUCAAAUUAAAACAGGUUGUUAUUUGUUAUGUUUCUAUCUUUUUUUUUUUCGCGUGUUGGUUUCUUCGACUACUAUGUCGAUGUGUCAUCAACUCAUGUACUGUGCUGUGGUUUUUCAUGCUUUUUUUUUCUUUUCUUUUUGGUGAUGAACUUGCUGGUAUUAUUGCUCCCUCGUUUUUCUUUAUUUGUUGUUAGUAUGACUUUUGUGUAUUUGUUUACUCCCUCUACAGAUUAUAUUGUUUGUAA